AUGAAUCGUAUCCCAACAAUCGGUCUCGGAACAUGGAAAUCACCACGUAGUGACGAUCUCAUCAACGCCAUUGUUUACGCUGUCAAAGAAGCUGGCUACGUCCAUGUUGAUUGCGCAGCUUGCUAUGGCAACGAAGAUGUUGUUGGCCAGGCAUUCAAGAAGCUUUGGGAGAUGGGUAUCAAGCGUGAACAAAUCUGGAUUACAUCCAAACUUUGGAAUACUCAACAUAGACCAGAUUAUGUUGAAGAAGCAUGCCGCCAGACACUUAAGGACCUCCAACUCGACUACCUCGAUCUCUAUCUUAUGCACUACCCAACUGCAUUCGAAGCUCGUCCAGCUACAGGCGACAAAUUCCCACGUGUUGACGGCAAGAUCCAAUUCGAUAACGAAUGCUCCAUCAUUGACACAUGGAAGGCCAUGGAGAAGCUCGUCGAAAAGGGCCUCGUAAAGAGAAUUGGUGUUUCCAACUUCACAAUCAACCAACUCGAGAGACUGAAGCACUCUGAUGCCAAGUUAACACCAUACACAAACCAAAUCGAGUUCCACCUCUACAACCAGCAGGGUCCACUUAGAAACUACAUGCAUGAGAACGGAAUUCGCCUUACAGGCUAUUCAACACUCGGCACAGCUGAUUGGGCCAAGCCAGGAUCCCCAGUCCUCCUUCAGGAUGAAGUUCUCGUUCAGGUUGCUAAGGAACAGAACAAGACUGUUGGCGAAGUUGAAUUAAAGUUCCUUCUUACAAUUGAACCAGGAGCUUCCCUCCUUGCAAAGUCAAUUACACCAGAAAGAAUCUACAAGAACAACCAUCUUGACUUCGAAUUGACAAAGGACCAGGUUAACAGACUUCGCUCUCGCGAACAUGCUUAUCGUUAUGUAUCUCCAAAGGUCAACUGGAACACAGAUGUUUUAGGUGAUGGCUGGUAA